GGAAUGGAAUCACUAAUUCCGGUUUGGCUCUGAAUCACUAAUCACCCAGCCGUCUCGCACGGUCCACACGCUCCCAAGCCGACGGCUCCCCUCCGAGAAUCCAUGGCCGCCCUCCGCGCGUCCCCGCUCUUCCUCCCCCAGCCUCUCUCGCCGUCGGCGUCCUCCCGGUCCCGUCGUUGCGCCGCCUGCCGCUGUGUAGCCGCCACCGCGGCCAGGCCGGGCCCCGCUUCCUACAGGACCGGCGUCCAUGGAGGCAGCGGCGGCGGCAAGAAGAGGCUUCUUGCGAGCCGGAGGAGGCCGGGAUGUUGCCUGCCCGCGACGGAGGAAGGCGUUGCUGCGGCGGCCGCUGCUAGCGAGGAGGAGGAGGAGGACGGGUACCUGGCGCGGGAGGCCGGGUGGGGCGUGCGGCGGAUGGGGCGGGUCGGGGAGGAGAUGCGGCGGGUGGCGCAGGUCCAGGCCGAGGCCUUCCACGUCCCCGUCGCGCUCUUCAACGACUUCUUCUUCGACUUCUUCAAAGCUGAGGUGCUGUCAGCGCUCAUCUACAGAGUGAGGAACUCGCCGCCGGACAGAUAUGCUUGUUUGGUGGCUGAAGAAGCUGAGCCAGCCUCCCAGCUGUCACAGGCACCAUAUGAGAGGAUUAUCGGUGUUGUGGAUUGCACCGUGCAGGAUGAAGAUGGCAUCCUUAAGCACCUCCAAGGAGCUGAUGAGUACCUCUACGUGUCAGGAAUCGCAGUGCUACCGUCAUUCAGGAGGAGGAAGGUAGGGACAGCACUGCUGAAGGCCUGUGAGGCACUAGGGCUCCAAUGGAGGCAUAGAUUCAUGGUUCUGAGGGCAUAUGAGGAUGACGAUGGCACGCGAGGCCUCUACGCCAAAGAAGGGUACAGGGUUGUGUCAAGGGAUCCUGACUGGGUCACCUGGGUUGGGAGGAGAAGGCGUGUUCUGAUGAUAAAAGAGUUGCCAGUUCACGAUGACAUGAUACAGCAGUAAUGAAAGAAUUGGGAUGCAUUGCUUCUUGUGUGUACGAGUAGCACCAUGUACAUGUCUUUUUGGACUUUUGGAGUAUACAAGAGAGCUGCCCAUCCUUCUUUCCAUCAGCAGAAGAACAAAGUAUGAUACAAACAAA